UACUGACUCUCGGCCUGAUCAUGGCGGCCGGCGGGGCGGGCGGAGACCUGGGGGCGGCUGCCUCCCCGUUGCUGGGCUGGGAGCGGGAAAAUGCGGCCUGCGAGGCGGCGGAAGGAGUGAAAGCUGGAACCUGUACCAUCUUAGAUGUUGUGGAAAAUCUCGGAUCUCCUCUUGAAAAUGCAGACCCACGUAUACGUACACAAGGCAUCCAAAUUCUCUCUGAAGUCCUCAUGCAGUGUUACUCCCUACUCCGAGAGCAGGAAGUAACCCACCUUGUCUUGUUUUACGAGAACCGGCUGAAAGAUCAUCACCUCGUCAUACCAUCUGUACUGCAGGGACUCAAAGCUCUGAGUAUGUGUGAGGCAUUGGCUCCGGGCCUGGCAGUGUCUGUUCUCAAAGCCAUCUUCCAGGAGGUGCAUGUCCAGUCUUUGCUACAACUGGAUCGCCAUACAGUCUACAGUAUCAUCAUGAACUUCAUGAGCAGUCGAGAGGCAGAACUGAAAAGCUUGGGUGCUGAUUUCACCUUUGGCUUCAUCCAGGUAAUGGAUGGAGAGAAAGACCCACGCAACCUUUUAAUAGCCUUCCAGAUUGUUCGAGAUAUAAUUGUAAAAGGCUAUGCACUAGGGCCCUUUGCAGAAGAACUGUUUGAAGUGACUUCCUGCUACUUCCCCAUCGACUUCAAUCCUCCCCCCAAUGACCCUCAUGGAAUCCAGAGAGGAGAUCUGAUUGUCAGCCUGCGGGCAGUGCUGACCGCCACUCCCGUUUUUGCAGAGUUCUUGCUGCCUUUGCUCAUUGAGAAAAUGGACUCCGAUGUACAAAGUGCCAAAUUGGACUCCCUACAAACCUUGAGCGCUGCCUGUACAAUCUAUGGACAGAAAGAGUUGAAAGAAUUCCUACCCAGUCUCUGGUCAUCUUUGCGAAGGGAGGUCUUCCAAACAGCAAGUGAGAAAAUUGAAGUAGAAGGUCUGUCUGCAUUGCGUGCUCUGACCGCUUGUCUGUCUCGCUUGGUGCUCAGUCCUGAUGACGAGGAUCUUCUUGAAUCCUUUCUUAAAAGCGUUCUGCAAGAUUGCAGACACCAUCUGUGUGAGCCUGACAUGAAACUGGUGUGGCCAAGUGCCAAGCUUUUGCAGGCAGCUGCAGGGGGCUCUUUGCGGGCUUAUUACCAGAUUACAAGUAGCGUACUUCCUUUGCUGGUGGAAGAGUACACCAAACACGAGCAGAGUAGCCAGCACAGGACAAUCUUGGAGGUGCUACUUGGUUUUUUGGAGCUGCGGCAAACAUGGGGCCCUGAGGAGGAAGACAAGAGUCCGCAGCUUUUCCCUAAAGCAUCUCUAUGUUCCAUGGUGUUCUCUGCAGUUUCUGAGCCCAAUGUUCAACUUCAGUUGGUUGGGAUUCAAGCUCUUACCUUUUUGGGGUCACUGCAAGGGCUUCUGGCACCACCAGAUGUGGAAAUGCUUGUGGACCACCUUGUAAAAUUCAUCCUGUAUGAGGAAGACCCCCAAACCAGUUUGGCAGCUAUGGAGGCUGCUGGUACGUUGGCUCCUACCUACCCAGAAGUCUUCAGCCAGUGUUUGGUUCAGUUGCUUUCAGAAAAACUUCAGACAGAAGUGCUGGAGGAUAGCAAUCCGUCCCACCAGGAGCGGUACUUGAAAGCCCUGGCAGCAGUGUCCACCCAUCCAAGUAUAGUGAGAGAAACCGUUCCAGUUCUCCUGGAGCAACUCCAGCAGGUUCAGAAAGGGAAGACGCCGUCAGGUACGCAGUUUGUGGUGUCUAUAUGCCAGAGCCUGCAACAAGUGGCAUUGAAAUGUCAGCAAGAUCCUCAGAGUUACUGGUUCUUUCACCAGGCUGUGGUGCCCUGCCUCUUGGGCUUAGCCGUGCAGGCUGCCAUGCAAGAAAAUUCCCACACAAUUCUAAGCAAGGUGCUGCUGACGGAGGAAGCUUUAUCAGCUAUGGUACCAGUUAUUAGUGCUGCCUGCAUACACUUAAGCCCAGAGUUGGCUUCACAGAGUGUUUCCAAAGUGGUGCCCCUCUUCCUAGACGGAGAGCUGUCCUUUCUGCCCGGAAACAGCUUUCCAAGCACUUUCCAGCCUUUCCAGGAUGGGCAGUCUGCAAUGGCAGCCCAGAGAAGGCUUGUUGCUCUCCUCAUGGCCUUUGUCUGUUCAUUGCCAAGGAAUGUUCCAAUUCCUCAGCAGGACCGGUUGUUACGUGAACUGCUAGCCCUGAGCUGCUCCUGCGAUUGCCCAUUUACUGCUACAGUUGCGGCCAAAUGCUUUGCAGGUCUUGUUAACAAACACCCAGCAGGGACUCAGCUAGAUCAUCUCUUGGAAAUGACCAUGAACAAACUGGAGCAAGGCUUGAAUGAGGGUCCCCAUCGAGGCCAGGCCCUCACUUUGUUGUUAUGGGUUUGCAAGGCUCUGUUGCUACGCUAUCACCCACUGAGCACUCAACUAACUGAGAAGCUGCUUGUGCUUUUGGGGGAUUUGGUCCUUGGUCCAAAAGUGGGCGAUGGCUUUGUGUUGCUCAUGGCUGACUCUCCAGAUGUUUUGGGCAAGAGCUGCCACGCAGAGGUGCGCCUCAUGUUCCGACAGCGCUUUUUCACAGAGUGCGUGCCGCAGUUGGUGCAAAGGUUCCACGCAGCUGCACCUGAUAUGAAAUCAAAUUAUCUGAAAGCCUUGUCUCACAUACUGAACCACUUGCCCAAACCUGUGCUGGUGACAGAGUUGCCUUCGUUGUUAUCUCUGUUGUUAGAAGCUUUGUCAUGCCCUGAUCAUGUGGUUCAGAUGUCAACAUUGCACUGUCUGCAGCCGUUGUUACUCGAUGCACCUCAUAUCAUGAGCCUGCAUAUUGACACACUGGUGGGCAAGUUUCUCAGCUUGACAGACAGCCCCACUAUGGCAAUCCGCAUUGCUGCUCUUCAGUGCCUUUAUGCACUUGCCUCUUUGCCCACCCCAGUGGUAAUUCCCUACAAAGCGCGGGUGAUCAAGGCACUAGCCAAACCCUUGGAUGACAAAAAACGUCUGGUGCGAAAAGAAGCUGUGGCAGCACGAGGAGAGUGGUUUCUUCUUGGGACCCCUGGCAGGUGAAGAUGCACAGUGAGGCUCAAGAUGGAGAAUCUCACCUGCCAAGUUAUCUGCCUUGACAUCAUGUGUUCUGCAUUUCCUUGAAAGCAGCAGGGCUCUGGGCACAAGUGGAGGACCUUUUUUAUGGGCUGCCAUUUCUGUGUGUUGGCACAGUCCUAACCACAUCUGGGUCCAGUAGGAUGCAAUGGCCAGCUGAAUCUUGCAGCAGCAAUGCAGUUCGUGGAGAUGACAGGAUGCCUGCACACUGUGUGUGUGGAGCCAGAAGAAUAAACAAUUUGUUUCCUAACAGCCUCUGGAAAAAGGUGAAUCUUGUGGGAAGGGAAACAGUAGAGGAAGGGAGCUCGGUGCUGCUGUUGGCCUUUGUCCCAACUUCCAUUUUAAGUUUUAAAUUCUAGAUUUCUAGCAAUUGCCACAAGUGUAUCAACAAAAAUAGAAAGCUCAGCCUCUUGUGAGAAA